AUGGGGACCACUGGGGACUCUCCUGCUUCCAACUUCACCUGUGUCAGGGGCCAUACUGCCACCAGUAGUAUGGGGCCAGGCAGGGUUGGUUCACAGGAGCAAGGAAACAGCUGCCAUCCCUGCAGACUGCCCUGCCUCGGCGGCAACUUCAUAACCAACAUCACGGCCUUCGACUUCCACCGCCUGGGGCAGCUCCGACGGCUGGACCUGCAGUACAACCAGAUCCGCUCUCUGCACCCCAAGACUUUCGAGAAGCUUUCGCGGCUGGAGGAGCUCUACCUGGGGAACAACCUCCUGCAGGCGCUGGCCCCGGGCACGCUGGCCCCGUUGCGCAAGCUGCGCAUCCUCUACGCCAACGGGAACGAAAUCGGCCGCCUCAGCCGCGGCUCCUUCGAGGGCCUGGAGAGUCUGGUCAAGCUGCGGUUGGACGGGAACGCCCUGGGGGCGCUGCCCGACGCAGUCUUCGCCCCCCUGGGCAACCUGCUCUACCUACAUCUGGAGUCCAACCGGAUCCGCUUCCUGGGCAAGAACGCCUUCUCCCAGUUGGGCAAGCUGCGCUUCCUCAACCUCUCUGCCAACGAGCUGCAGCCCUCCCUGCGCCACGCGGCCACCUUCGCCCCGCUGCGCUCCCUCUCCACCCUCAUCCUCUCGGCCAACAGCCUGCAGCCCCUCGGGCCCCGCGUCUUCCAGCACCUGCCACGCCUGGGCCUGCUGUCGCUCAGGGGCAACCAGCUCACGCACCUCGCACCGGAGGCCUUCUGGGGGCUGGAGGCCCUGCGCGAGCUGCGCCUGGAGGGCAACCGGCUGAGCCAGCUGCCCACCGCGCUGCUGGAGCCCCUGCACAGCCUGGAGGCGCUGGACCUUAGCGGCAACGAGCUGUCCGCCCUGCACCCCGCCACCUUUGGCCACCUGGGCCGACUGCGCGAGCUCAGUCUGCGCGACAACGCUCUCAGCGCCCUCUCCGGGGACAUCUUCGCCGCCAGCCCGGCCCUUUACCGGCUGGAUCUAGACGGCAACGGCUGGACCUGCGACUGCCGGCUGCGAGGCCUGAAGCGCUGGAUGGGCGACUGGCACUCGCAGGGCCGGCUCCUCACUGUCUUCGUGCAGUGUCGCCACCCCCCGGCCCUGCGAGGCAAGUACCUGGAUUACCUGGAUGACCAGCAACUGCAGAACGGCUCUUGCGCGGGUCCCUCGCCCUCAGCUGCCCCGGCCGCCGACGGCUGGCGGCGGCCCCUACCCACAUCCGCGGGGGAGAAGAUGACGCCCCCUGCGGGUGGCUUCGCGGGGGAGCCGCCACCUCAGCCGCAGCCCCAGCAGCGGGGGCGAUUUCUAGCAGGGGCGGCCUGGGAUGGGGCUGCCAGGGAGCUCCUGGGCAACCGCAGCGCCCUAAGGCUGAGUCGGCGGGGCCCGGGCCUCCAGCCGCCCGGCCCCUCCGUCGCUGCCGCCGCGGGCCCGGCUGCACAUCCCCUGGAUUUGCACGAGAAGCCCCGGCCGGGACGCCCGACCCCGGCGGAUCCCGCCCACGCGGGCACCCCCUACCUGGUGUGCGUGGAGGGCGUGCUCGGGGGCCGGGUCUGCCCCGUGGCCCCCCGGGACCACUGCGCGGGGCUGGUCACCCUGCCGGAGGCGGCGAGCCGGGGCGGCGUCGACUACCAGCUGCUGACCUUGGCCCUGCUGGCGGUCAACGCGCUGCUGGUGCUGCUGGCCUUGGCGGCCUGGGCGUCUCGCUGGCUGCGGAGGAAGCUGCGGGCCCGGCGGAAGGGCGGGGCCCCGGUCCACGUCCGCCACAUGUACUCCACCCGCCGGCCCCUGCGCUCCAUGGGCACUGGCGUGUCCGCCGACUUCUCGGGCUUCCAGUCGCACCGGCCGCGCACCACCGUGUGCGCGCUCAGCGAGGCGGACCUCAUCGAGUUCCCCUGCGACCGCUUCAUGGACAGUGCGGGCGGUGGCACUGGCGGCAGCUUGAGGCGGGAGGACCAUCUCCUGCAACGAUUUGCCGACUAGGGCCAGGGCCUCCAGGUGUGUGGAGACCAUCGCGUCGGCCUUGAGGAGCCACCUGUCGGUGGGGCCCGCCAGCUCACCUCAAGAGAAGACCUCCUUUGCUCCUUUUGUGCACUUGCCAGA